UCUGGCUGUGACAGCUACUGCUCUUGGUUUUGCUCUCCUGGCUGUUCAGUGUUAGCACAUUACAAUAUUUGUAGUUUGUGCCUUUUCAAAUUUGCAUGAUACCUUUGCCAGUGUCUAACUGUCUAACAAACUCACCGUUAGCUGCUCUCUCUGGCUAACUUCAUAACCGGUAACAACACAGAAGCCAGCUGACGGAGCACUGAUCUUGUUAGCCUGCUUUCCCAGCUGUCUCUCCAGUCGGACUGCCCUUUGUCUUUACAAGCAAGUGAGCUGGCAGGCGUUGUUUCUUCUCUGGGUUAGCGAACGCCGGCUCUUGCAAUUUUAUUUUUCGCCUGACAAGGGUUAAGCAGACCAAGAUAGGCGGCUUGGGAACCAAGAUGUCGAACCGAGCUGUGUGCAGAGAAGCAAGUCACGCCGGGAGCUGGUACUCUGCUUCGGGAUCCCAGCUGAAUGCACAACUAGAGGGCUGGCUGUCCCAAGCACAGUCCACGAUCAGACCUGCUAGAGCCAUCAUAGCGCCACAUGCUGGUUAUACCUACUGUGGUGCUUGUGCAGCACAUGCCUACAAGCAGGUUGAUCCUUCUAUUACUCGUAGGGUGUUCAUCCUGGGACCUUCACACCAUGUGCCCCUCUCCCGCUGUGCCCUGUCACCUGCAGACAUCUAUAGAACACCUCUCUAUGACCUGAGAAUCGACCAGAAGGUUUAUGCUGACCUCUGGAAAACUGGGUUGUUUGAGCGGAUGACUCUGCAGACAGAUGAAGAUGAGCACAGUAUUGAAAUGCACUUGCCUUACACUGCUAAAGCCAUGGAGAGCCACAAAGACGAGUUUAGCAUCGUCCCUGUGCUUGUGGGAGCCCUGAGCGAAUCUAAGGAACAGGAAUAUGGGAAGCUGCUCAGCAAGUAUCUGGCAGACCCCUCCAACCUUUUCAUCAUCUCAUCUGACUUCUGCCACUGGGGUCAGCGGUUCCGUUACACAUACUACGAUGAAUCUCAAGGGGAGAUCUACAGGUCUAUUGAGCAUCUUGAUAAAAUGGGGAUGGGUAUUAUAGAGCAGCUGGAUCCCAUGUCUUUCACCAACUACUUGAAGAAGUACCGCAACACCAUCUGUGGGCGUCACCCAAUUGGAGUGCUGCUAAAUGCUGUGGCCGAGCUGAGGAAGUCUGGUUUAGAAAUGAACUUCACUUUCCUGAACUACGCCCAGUCAAGUGAGUGCAGGAACUGGCAGGACAGCUCUGUGAGUUACGCUGCUGGGGCACUCAUCGUUCAUUGAGGUUGACAUUGAGGCAGGGGCCACAGCAGCGCCGCCGCCAUGUCCUUACUAUCUAUCGCCAUAACCUGACCCAGACACCAUCCCUCUCACCCAACCCCAAGUUACGCCCACUAUUUGCAGGAAGGACCUAGACACUCGAAGCCAAUACAGUCUUCUUUCUCUGUCUCUCCCUCAACUCUCCUCCGCCUUUCUCCACCCUCCUCUCGGUUUGAAGUGUGUCUCAGAGCUUUUGGUUGAUACAUUUUGCUUGAAGUGCAGUUUUGAGAGUAUGUUGGAGCAAAUGGUUUGAGGAGAUAGGACGAGUGCGCAUUCAUUUGGCUCAGCGUAUGCGUCGGGAAGGGGAAAUCUUAUUGGGGUUUUUGCAAGGACUGUAGCUGUCCUCUUAGUCCCUUUUUGUUUUUCCUGACAAACGAUGGAUUUGAGUUGUAAUGCAAUCUUUACGUUUGGACUCUUGGCAAUCUGUGCUCAUGUAAUUUGCCUCAGAAAAGGAAAGAAAAAUAAAACUGCAGAUCUUGAUGGAGAAUACUGAAAUGUUGCCAGAUGAAAAUGAAAUGAGUGUUUUGAUUGAUUGCUUUAAGCUACAUGCAAUUAAAAUUUUGAGAACAGUGUCAUACUACCGUCGCUAACAUAUAUUGUAGUUGCUAACAAAGGGCUACACCCAACAACGUUCACUAACCCCCUGUACAAAACCAAAAACAUUAUUACUCUUAUAUUAGUUUAUUAAAUAUUAUCUUUUAUUCAUAUUCUGUUCCUUUUAUUUCUCCCUUUAGUAGUGUUAUUAUACUUGAUAGUAUUUACUCAAGUAGUGUGUAGAUUUGAACAGAAGCAGUGUUGUCAGUUAAGCUCUAAAGCCAGUAACAUGGUUUGCCUGUUAAAUUAGUGUAUGCAACACUGCUCCCAGAUUCCAGUUAUGUGCUUGUAGCAUUAUAGAUAUGUUUUGCUGGGGCUAGACUGCAGUUAUGGGUGCCACAGAAAUGUAAUCAAAGCUGGAUACUGUGUAAAUGACUAACACUUUAGUCUUUGUUUACACCACCACCAUGAAUCCCUGUAGUUAUUGAAUUGUCAGUAUAGAAGACUGAUGCUAGACUGGUAGAAAAUGUCUUUUGUUACACAUUCAGUUCUGUGAGAGCAAGCUUUGGUUUUUUUUUGUUUUUUUUUUGGGUGGUAAAGGCCUAGAUGGUCUGCUUAAAUGGUAGGAACUGUUACUAAAUCUAUUCACUUGGGAGUAAUUUACAGCUCUUUUUGUUGAUAUGUUUUGAUUUAAGAAUGCCAAAUGUUAUUGGGAAGAUUUAAGCCUUCAUCCUUAUUUACAGGUUUGUUCCCCUGUUUUGUUACUUCUCGGUGAAUGACAAUUCACUUCAAAAUUAUGGUCGGCAGUAGGAUGAUUAAUUAGAUGAGGUGAGCUAGAGAUGGCCCAUGUUUUAAGAUCAGCACAAAGUCAUAAUGAUUUAAGGUUUGAUUAUCUACCCAGAAAAGUGACAGAUGUUGCUCCCUGCUCUAUUUUGGAUUAAACGGAUGUGAAUAUGUUAAGAAACAUGAAUAUUUCCAUUAUGAAAUGUCAAGCAAAAAAAUUGCAGUUAUUAACAAAAGAAAAGAAAAUUUUACUGUCUUUUUCCAAGUUAUUUGCUGUGUAGUACGCUGCCUGAAAUACUCCUGUAAUAUUUCCAUGUGUGAUGAUGAUGUACAAAACCUAAAUGCAAAAACCUGAUGAUUCAUAGUGGCAGUAUAGGCUUUCGGUGACAGUAUGAUAUAGGCAGCACACGAUGUCUGCUGUCCUGUCAUUUGAGAUUUGAACAUCACUUAUCACUGACUGACUUUUGCUGCUGAAUACAAGUAUUCCCAUUGAAAUGAUGCAGUCCUUUAACAUCGGUCCCCCUCUCUCGGCACCAUAAGCAUUAAGCAACUGUUAAUAUCUGGUUGCAUCAAGUGAGCACAGACUGAAAGAUGAAUCCCCAAACUCACUUGACCUCUGACGUUAAUUUAAAGGAAACUAGUAAAGCAUGACACACUGUGCUAUUGUGCCUUUUAUCACUGUUGCACAUAUACAUUUAAAACGUAUUCUCACUUUUAGUCUUAUUUUAGAAUGUGUACUUUCAGUUCUUUGUUUUUCCACAUGUACCCUCUCCCUUGCCGAGUACCCAACAAUGUCUCCAGCUCACCCAGCACUCCAGGAGUGUGUGACCUGUCCCUCAUCUGUUGGUCUGAAAUGGCACCAACUGUUAUCUCCUUUCUCCAGCAGGGAGUGGUGUUCAGUUUUCUCCACCUCACCUCAUUCCUGUAGAGAGAGAGAGAGACAAAGGCUGAACCUCAACACUGUUCAUUUUGUGUUUAUGGAUCUUUGUUUGUCUUUUAGAAAUGGUUUUUGUAUUAUCUUUUUUUUCUUGCUUAGAGAAUGGGAACUUACACGUCACAAACCUAAAAUAUACUACUUAACUACUCCCUAAAUGGAGUUGUUUUGAUCUCAGGUUCCACUGACAAAGCAUCCCAAAAGGCUCUUCAGAUAAGGCCGAGGAUUCAUGUUACAAAACAAGUAAAAUGUACUGAAAGCA